AUGAGACGAUUGUCUGAUGGAAGAGGAGGAGGACGUCAAGAACGGAUCAUUGGCUGUUAUCCCGCAUUGAAUAUUCAGGCAGACAAAACAGUCAUCUACUACUGUGUGAUCCAGGAUGACUUCAAUGACGACUGGGUUCGUAGCUUCUCGCACUGUGGAGGGGACUUGGAAGUUGAUCUGAAUUCAGAUGUGUUUACUGCUUUCUUGUCCUGUUUGGAGCUUCUCAAGUGA